UCGUCGCACGAUAGAGUAGAGACGAAGAAGAACCUAUGCUUCGUCAAAAAGUAGGUCCGGAUCCUACUUCCACCCAUCGGAAUUGUUAAGCUCCGGAAUGGCGUCAAGGAGAAGUGUACGGUAUGCUCAGCUUCCAGGAGAUGAUGAUGAGGACUAUGCAGAUGGUGGUGGAAGGAGAGAUUUCGAUCCUCGUUUUGAUUAUACUCCGAAGGCGUUUGAUAGAGUGCCGUGGAAAUCGAUAGCACUAGCUGUGUUUCUUCUGUUUCUUGGCUGCUUGCUUCUCCUUUUGGCGGUUUUCAUCUUCACCGGUCACAUGGAAGGGGAUAGCUCUCAAGGCUAUGCUCUUCUUGUCCUUGGCUUCCUUACUUUCCUCCCUGGGUUCUACGAGACACGGAUUGCUUACUAUUCAUGGAGAGGAGCUGAAGGUUACCGUUUCGCAGCCAUUCCUUCCUACUGACUUCCCAAGUAGCUUAUCAUCUGUGCAUAGAAAAGUUGUAGUUUUUUUUCUUUAUGAGCAAGUCAUAUUAUAGAAAAUGUAAUCCAAUAAUAGACUUUGAGCUGUUUCAUGAAUAUCAGAGAGAUACUACAUAGAUUGUUGAUCCAGUUUGUGAAUCUUAUUGAAUCUCGUUUGUUAUCAAAAUUUGUAUGCGUCUUUUAGUAG